CACACACACACACACACACAGCUCCGACCAGUGGAUCAUAUCUUCACAGAGAACAGAGCGAGCCGAGGCGGACCAAACCAGGGCUGCAUGCUCGCUCUGCAACCAGGCGAACCGGAGCUAAACAUGCAUCGACGGGCAGCAGCCGAGGAGCGACACCGAUUCUAGGGUCCUGCUAUAUCCUGGUGGACACAUGGACAUGAAGAAAUAAAAGCAUCAGUUCAGGCCCUCCAGCUGACUUCUGGGCUAAGCCCUGGCUGUGGGGCUUGGUUGGUGGUUGGCCAGCUGAACAGGCGUGUAUGUGAGUGAGAGGUAAUGAAGUCCAGUAUGAGGCAGUGGCGGAGGCUAGUGCUGGUGGGAAUGCUGGCCUGGGCUCUCCUCUUCCUCGCCCUCCUUUCUUACUUCCUGGAUGCCCGUGUGGACGAGCCCCUGACCUCUGCUGGCUCCUUACUCUCCCAGCACCCUGACACACGUCGCCUGGCCUCCAUACAAGCCUCCCACCAACAUCACGCCAUCAUGGGCUCCCGACCUGAGCAGGCUUUGACGUUAAUUACAACCUAUCCCGCAGAUGAGCCAGAGCCUUCGGCCAGCUCCAUGACCCCAGAGUCCAGCCUGGAGGCGAGCCGCAGCCCCAACAGUGCUCCCUAUGCCGUCUAUGGCAGCCAGGAAGCCAGCCGCCAGGAUUACCUGGACCCCCAGAGCCUGGCUGCCUGGUCCUCCUUUGGUACGGAGAAUGUGGGCUCUCACUCAGACCCUGCAGUCCCGAGUCGUGAGAGAACAUCUCAGCUCAAAGAGUAUCAGAACCAUAUUAGAGCCAAACGCCACCGGGAUGGUGGGGAGGAGGAGGAGGAAGAGGAGGAAGAUGCGAGGGAAAACGAAGAUGAAGAACUGGGAAACAGAAUUAGCGAGAGAGCACGCAGGCGGCCCGGUGGCGACUCCACUGAUUUGGAGGAAUAUUAUUUCUCCAAAUCGGCAUCUGUGGUGCAGCGGCUGUGGCGAGGCCGGGUCUCUUCCGGCAUGCUGAGUCCUCGGCUGCAGCGAGCCAUGAAAGACUAUGUGAGCGCCAACAAACACCACGUUACCUACCAGGGCCACCGCAUGGCUGCCCAGAGUGCCAAGGAGCUGCUGUGUCAAAUGAAAGCUCAGGCCCGGCUGAGGACGGUGGACGGGUCGGAGCAGCCCUUCUCCUCGCUCGGCUGGGCUCGUCUGGUGCCGUCCCUUCCGCUGGAACAACUGUACAAGCAGCAGAAGCAGAGCAGCUUCAAGACCUGCGCCGUGGUCACAUCGGCUGGUGCCAUCCUGCGCUCCGGACUGGGCAAAGAGAUCGACACUCACGAUGCAGUGUUACGAUUCAACGCUGCACCUACAGACGGAUACGAGAGAGACGUGGGUAACAAAACCACCAUCCGCAUCAUCAACUCGCAGAUCCUGGCCAAUCCGAAGCAUCGAUUCAACACAAGCUCUAUCUACAAGAACGUGACGCUGGUGGCCUGGGACCCUGCACCUUACACUGUCAACUUACACAAGUGGUACACCAGUCCAGACUACAACCUGUUUGGUCCGUACGUGGAGCACCGAAAGCUCCAUCCUGGCAAGGCGUUCUACAUCCUUCACCCCAGCUACGUGUGGCAACUCUGGGAUGUGAUUCAGGGCAACACUCAGGAGAACAUCCAGCCCAAUCCUCCCUCAUCUGGCUUCAUAGGAAUCCUCCUGAUGAUGUCCCUCUGCGAGCAGGUGCAUGUGUACGAGUACAUUCCCUCCAUGAGGCAGACGGACCUGUGCCACUACCACGAGCGAUAUUAUGAUGCUGCGUGUACACUGGGUGCCUACCAUCCCCUUCUAUAUGAAAAGAACCUGAUCCAGCGGAUCAACACGGGACCCGAGAGUGACCUCCGCCGGAAGGGACGGGUCACUCUCCCAGGCUUCAGCACCGUCAACUGUGACAUCUGAAAUAUGAAACCUGAACCUCUUUCUCCUACACACACACACACUCUGGCCUUUUCUGGCUGACUAAGGGAGAGGUGCAAUAAAAUCACUGGAGACAUGGAGGCUGAAGCUUACAAGAUUCGAAAUAGACCCACGAAGAACAUAAGCCAAACCACUCCAGGGAGGGAUCAAUGCGGAGGCUUCAGAAAGAACUUGUCUUUUCAUCAAGAUGGUUUACUAGACCAGAGACUUCCAGGAAGAGUCUCCAAAAUGUUGAUAUGAAAAUUUCUCUCUGCUUUAGCUGAGCCACGUUAGCUGUGGAGCUGACUAGGGUAGCAACAGAUCAGUGUUUUUAGAUAGACACGUGAGUUUUCAAUAACUGGGUGUGUUUCAAUGGUGUAAAAUGUGUGUUUUUUCAAUAGUUCGGGUGGUUCUCCACUCAAAGGAAAUGCCACUGUUUAUAACGGUGGCGAUACUUGUGAUUUAUUUUUCCUUCUACUGGUCCAAAGGGUUGUGAGCAAGCAAGGACGUCAUCCACGCUGAAUGUCAGGAAUGCAGCAUUGUUUUUAGACACACACACACAAGCCGCAGCAGCACAUGCAGAAGAACGCGGCUGCAAAGAGACAGUCAUGCUGUCACAUCAGUCAUGGACUGUACAUUGCUCUGUAGCAGCUGUUCCUGUUUGACAUUCCUCUGGUAUCGCGCUGUGCAAUCAGAAGUUGUGCGUCGUCCUGAGGGGUUAAUUUCACACUACUGACAUGGUUACGCUUAAUAACUAAACCACUUUCCCGUGCAUGUUAACUCACAAUCGCCAGGUUGUCACUUCGGGCUCACGUGUUUUGGACGAUUCUUUAAUAGCCUAUCGGCCAGUUAAAAGCUAACUGGAAGGCACCGUUCUUCUGUUUCUAUUCAUUCUACCUAUCGUCAAAUCUAUUUACUUUCUCUGAGGGCGUUUUUGAAUCAAUGUAAACAGGGCUGAAAUGGAUCUGCGGGAACAAACAGGUGCUCAGAGCCGCCGUAAACCUGUGCUAAGUGCUUAACUGACCACUUCCCUCGGUUCGCCUCGUGGCUGAAUCGAACACAGGCAGUACACACCAUGGCAGGACACCGGUACCGUGGAGAAUGGUUGCCAUGAGAUGUGCGAAGCAGUCGAUAUUGCUGAAUUGACCUGUAUCAGGGGUCUCAGCUCUGCCUCAGCAAUCACCACCUACCCCUGUUUUCUCAUCGUCGGUUCACUCUUUUAUUGAAUGUAAUUUUACCACUGUGUGGCCAAGCCCUGGGUGGCGAUCACCACUGCAGAACGGUCUCUGUGUGUAGCUCGCUGCAGGGAUAUUUAUUUGUCAUGUAACAGCAUGAAGCUCAUUUCCUAAAACUAUAAAUGUGUCAUAUUUUCUGAAUCCUCUAAUAUUGGUCCGAACCCAUCCACAGCUCAUAGCGGAGAUGACUAUAAAAGAGGAAUUUGAACCAGUAUCAUCACCAGAUUUGCUUUGUCUCCAACUAGGAGUUAUUGUUUUUUACAGUGAGGCAGUGCCACAUCUGUGACGAUCUCCAGAGAUAUUAGUUCAAUGUGGAAAAGAGGCUUGGGGGUGUUUUUCACUGCAAAUAUGCAGUCGGUCGGUCAAAAAUCUUUCCUAAUACAAGAGAUUUUUACUACUAAGUGUACUAUCUUACAAAAUGUGCUCGUGCCAUUGAUUGUGGUUUGGUGAAAGAUGUGAAAACUUGUCACAGAAAUGUUGCUUUGAAUAGUUGUAUGACUGUUGAAGAAGGUAGGUAUGUGUUGUAGCAUGUAGAUGAGUCUGGGGUUGGUAUCAUCCAAAAUCUGACAGUAUCAGUACGAACACAUUGUGCUGAUACUUGAACUGUUUUACAAGUCGAGUCAAACCUGAUUAAAGAAAAGAGACAGAAAGUUGCCCAAAUAUUUUUUGCCAACUUUUAAUAAGUAUCUUUCGGGGUGACUAUUGAAACACUGAUAUUCUGUGUGUCACGAUCUAGUAAUUUUCUUUGGAAAUUUAAUUGAGAAACUAUGUGUAUAUGAAACAAUCGGACAAUAUUGAAUAAUUCCGUGAAUUACAUACCUGGCUCAAGAUCUCAUCACAUUGAUGCAAAAUUCUGCCGAUCAAUUAUUGCCAAGAAAGCUGUUCUUAUUGAUUUGGAGCAUCUUUGAUAAUAAUGUUAAUGAUCAAAGAUGAAGCUACUUCAGUAGAAAUCAUGCGGAAAUACAGUUGGCAGAGUAUAUACGGUAUAGAGGGUAUAAAUAAGUGUAUAUCAUUAUUACGCAUAUAGGGUUAUAUCACCCUGGCCCACUUUUCUGAAUGAUGAGUUUGGCUCAUUGUGUUCAGAGUGCAAUAAGUACAAAGGUUUGAUACCCAGCCCCAUUUUCAUGUUAAUUAUAUUAUUAGGCAUGUUCUUAGAAGAAAAAAAGGGCCAGACUAAAGUCAGCAACUGUAACAGAGGUUUCAAAAGGAGAAACGGUUUAAGAAAGAUUUCAGCCUUCAUUCACAACCAUGCAGGGUCUCAGCUCUGCUGUAGGUUCUGAGAUUAAUAUCCAGAUGUUUUAGUGCUUGUGAUUGUAACACACUGAAGGUGCAUAAACCCUGAACAUAUUGUACAUGUGUUUUUCUUAAUAACUUUGAUCACUUUCCGAUGCACAGAGCAUGCACGCCGAGAUCAGGGCUAAGAGUCUUAAACUGUCUGUGCUGUACUGUGCUGCGAGUAGACACCAUUGUCAUUAAUGUCGUGAGAGGAGAUUGUACUAUAAGAUUUUUUUUUAAUCUUAAGUGGUGUUUUACAUAUUUCAGUGCAUGCUUUUGGAAAAGGGAGGAAGACGUUGCCAGAUGGGAAACGUUGAAGUAUCCUAUCAGAGGCGUAAAAGGAUCGGAUUAUUGUAAUAUUUUGUGACAAAGUAUUAUACAAGAGAACAAUAACGAUACCUAAACCACGUUGAUUAUGAAUAGAUGAUUAUUUCAUAAAUGAGCAAUUAUUACCUGGAAAGACAUCACUUGAGUUGACAACACGUUAAAUCAGACGCAUGAUCCACAUUCCCAGACAUCAUCACAACAAGUGUAAAUACAGACGUAGGAUCAAUAGCCUUUUUACUGCAAGGAUUAUAAUAACUCCUAUCACUGUCACACAAAAAUUGGAUUGUGUUCAUUAUGGAGAGUAUUGAUCAUGCAUUGCUCAGAGAGUCAAAUUAUGGUAAAUCUGGCAGCUGCAGGUAGAAGUAGUUCCUUUGAAGCAGUUGAGUGAGUGGGAUGCCUCCUGGCAACUUUAUCACAUCCUGAUAAGUUGCCAAAUCCUUUAUUCAUUAUGUUUCAGAUGAGCUAGUUGAACUCAGAAUGAGGUGUUGCCGCUUCUACCGAGACGCUUAAGAUGGCGCGUAAUUGAAUUUUGAUCCUCGUCAAUGCAACUAUGUUAUUGCUAGUAUUUAAUACAGGACAUGACAUUAACUUUGACAAGUUGGAAAGCGGCGAGAUGAGAAAACGCAUUCGGAGACACUGUAUUACAUUUCUCUCUCCCUCUCUCUCUUUUUCUCUUUCUCAGCCUCUGUCUGUCCGCUCUUUACCCGUGAGGCCUAUUUUUCAUGUUGUUAUUAUUCAAUAUUGUGGGAACUGCUGCACCACACACUGCCUCUGCGGGAUUGUUCUACUUCUCAAUUUUUUUAUUUUCUACAUUUCCCUGCUGGGGCUUGCAGUAUUCCUAAAAUGAAGAAGAGAAAAAACAAAAAAAGAAGCAUCCAUAUCCGAACAUGGUAAGAGUGAAGGUUGUGUUUCACUCCCAAAAGCCUUAGGGUGUUCUUCUUGACUUUGAUUUGUCAGUGAAUUCUCUUCUAAUUACACUUGAAUUAAUAUUUAAAUAGACCAUUUGUAUGAUUUCAGCUGUUGUAAUUUGUCUUUUUUUACAGUGUAAAUAAAGCUGUUGUUCAUGUCAAACUGUC